UUGGUCCUCAGAAGCCAACUAAGUUUGGUCUCUGACGCUCUCAGCACAGGACGCAUCCCAGGCUGUAUCUGUAAUUUACACAGUACAAUUUACUGUGGGAAAACAUAGGUCCAGGAUGAGUGGCUUGUCCAUAGUCACACCUGAUUUUGGGCAGAGCUAGGACUAUUAGCCCAGAACUCUAGUUCCUAGGCAUCAUUUAUGAACAAUACAAUAUGUAAAUAACAUUUUAUAGACACCUUUUUUGAGCCAAGAAACUCAGCAUGAUCAGUAGUGAUCUGUUCAGUCUUGACUUACUUAACCCUGAGGAAAUAGGGUUUAGCUAAGUGGAGGCAGAGAAGGCAGAUCUUGGGUGGGGAAAGAGCUUGAGCUGAGGGGAGAAUGAGCAAGUCCACCAGCGUGUAAAAGUGUUUGCCUGGCCUGUGCAAGUGGAGUGGAUGAAAGAGUAGGGGCAGACGGUGGAGGGCUUUGAAUAUGAAUGCUGCAGGCAGUAGGGCGCAGUGGGGAACUGGAAAUGCACCUACAGGGAAACCAGCACUUAACCAGGAACUAGGUUCAUGUAUUAGCUGAGAGCCUAAGACUCCAGAAGUCAGUCAUUUAGAAGGAAAACAAUUUAAAUAUUGCUGUGGAGAGGAAGAUUGUGGAGAGGAAGUAUUUUAGUUCAAUUAAUAGAAAAAUCCUUUUCCCUGGUUGUGUGUGAACAAUAAAAAUACUGUUUACUAUCUGCUAAGCACUGUUUUAAGUGCUUUAUAAAAAUUAAUUCAUUUACUCCUCACAGCAAACCCACGAGGUUGCCACUGCUUUACAGAUUGUAGAAGGUGAGGCACAAAGAGGUUGCUCAAGCUAAGUAGGUCUGUGCUGAGGCAAAGUGGACCAGAAUCAGACUUGGGUCCCAGGGCUUCCAUUCAUUGGUUGUGUGAAUUUACCUUCUCUGAGCCUCAUUUUUCUUAACAGUGAAAUGCAUACUGUAAUCCCUGCCUACUAAUGAGACAGAGAAUAUGCAGGUCUUUUGCAAACAGGGCAUUGUGAUACCAGUGGAAAGUUAUUAUUUAAGUCAAGGAGGAAUGCACUUCCAAGGCCAAAUUCAGAUUUAAAAAAGAAAAUGACAAGCUUGGUUGACUUGUAGAAGUUAGUGGGCUGGCCGUUCAUGGAGAGGCAAAGGUGGAGUCAUAGUUAGAAUUGUGGACUUUGGAGUCAGAUGGACCUAAGCUGGAGUCCCUUCCUUGCCCCUUAUUAGCUCCGUAACCUGAGACAAUUCACUUAACAUUUCUGGUACUGCGUUACCUUGAUUUACUCAUCCAUAAACUAGGCCUUUUCCACUCUUCAUAGAGCAGCUGUGAGGAUUAAAUGAGAUGCCCUUAAUACAGUGCCUACAAAGAAGACAGCCUCACCAUGUGUGGGGGACUAAUCGAGAAGUAUGUGGCUGCCAUGGUGCUGAGUGCAGCUGGAGAUGCCUUGGGGUACUUCAAUGGGAAGUGGGAGUUCCUCCGGAACGGGGAAGAGAUUCACAGGCAGCUGGCCCAGCUUGGCGGCUUGGAUGCCAUAGAUGUGGAGAGAUGGAGAGUCAGUGAUGACACAGUGAUGCACCUGGCCACGGCAGAAGCACUCCUGGAAGCUGGCAACGUCUUGAACUUGGCUCGCCUAUAUUCCCUCCUUGCUAAGCACUACCAAGACUGCAUGGGAGACAUGGACGGCCGGGCACCAGGGGGUGCCUCAAUGCAGAACGCCAUGCUUCUGGAGCCAGACAAAGCUAAUGGCUGGAGGAUUCCCUUUAACAGCCAUGAGGGCGGCUGUGGGGCUGCCAUGCGGGCCAUGUGCAUCGGUCUUCGGUUUCCCCACCGCAGCCAGCUGGACACCCUGAUCCAGGUGAGCAUCGAAAGUGGCCGGAUGACCCACCACCAUCCCACAGGCUACCUGGGAGCCCUUGUGUCUGCUCUUUUUACAGCCUAUGCUGUGAAUAGCAAGCCUCCCCAGCAGUGGGGGAGAGGACUGAUAGAGGUGCUACCGAAAGCUAAAAAGUACAUUGUCCAAUCAGGCUACUUUGUGGAGCAGAAUCUUCAACACUGGUCUUACUUCCAAGACCAAUGGGAAAAGUACCUAAAACUCAGAGGGAUUUGGGAUGGCAAAUCAGUCCCUACCUUCCCCAAGCCCUUUGAUGUGAAGGAGAGGGAUCAGUUCUACACCUCCGUGAGCUACUCUGGCUGGGGCGGCAGCAGUGGACAUGAUGCUCCCCUGAUUGCCUAUGAUGCCAUUCUGGCUGCAGGAGACUCCUGGAAGGAGCUUGCCCACCGAGCCUUUUUCCACGGUGGAGACAGUGAUUCUACAGCUGCCAUUGCUGGCUGCUGGUGGGGAGUGAUGUAUGGUUUUAAAGGAGUGAGUCCUUCCAAUUAUGAGAAGCUAGAAUACAGAAACCGGCUGGAAGAGACAGCUAGGGCUUUGUAUUCUCUUAGGUCAAAGGAAGAUACUGUAAUUACCCUUUAGGGAGAAGUGACAUUCAUUUCUGGUGGUUUCUCCUCUUGUGUAGUCCCUUUUCUGUUCAGUUUCAUUUUUUUCAAAGUCAAGAGUCUUAACCUUGUACUCAGGGAAUUUUGAGAUGAUAGUCCCUUGGGCACCUGAAGCUCAGUCUUUCCAAACUUAUCCUGUCCUCCUUACCCUGCCCCAGAUCUAUCCCUCUUAUCCCGAGGAGUCUUUUUUUUUUUUUUUUUGUAAGCACUUGUCACCACCGGAAAUUAUAUUUUUUACUUGUUUGCUUACUUGAUGAUUUUCGGUGUCUGCAGUAAGCUCAUUGAAGUCAGGGACUUGAUGGGCCUUGCUCAUGGUUGGGCCUGUAGCACCCAGAACAGUCCUCGCACAGGCAGGCAUUAAAUGAUUUUCGCUGGCUGUCUGGAUGUGAGUGGUGGGGAGAGGUGGAGUGGGGCAGCCAGUGGUACAGUCUCGGCUAGGAGAUGGACUUCCUCCCUGAGAAGCUGCUUCUGUUCUGGGCCAUCCUGGGCAGGAAGCAGUAAAGAGUCUGUGGGUUGGAGAGCUGUCCCGUUGCCCCUUUCAGACAGUUGAGUCGCACUGCUGAGUAGAAACACACUCUCCUUAAAGAAACAGGGUUUCUCCUUUCACCCAGGCACUUGCAGGCUUCCUUAUUCCAGAUCAAGUUCUCUAGCUGUUCAGGAGAGGUGUCCCCAUUAUCAGCCUCUUUUUUUUUUUUUUUUAAAUAGAGGUACUAGGAAAUGAACCCAGGACCUUGUGCAUGCUAAAUAUGUACUCUACCACUGAGCUACGUCCACCCCACCUCCUGAAGAGUCUUUAUCUCAGUUGAUGGGGUCAGCAUCUCCCAGAUUAAAAAUCUUGUAGCCUCGUAUCUGAGUCUUCAUUUUUUUACCAGCUAAUCUUUCACCAAGUUUUUUCUAUUUGUUUCAGGUUAAGUUCCCAAAAGUGGACUCUGAGACAAGGACUUGAGUGCAAAUAGUUUAUUUGGGAGGUGAUUCCAGGAAGCACUGUUAGGAGAAUGGGGAAGUGAGACAGGGAAGGGAGGGGAGCCAGGAAAAAGUACAUUAAUGAGCAGGUUACCACUGUGGGCAGUUGGGACUUAGACCAUCUGGGUCCUCUGCCCAAGGCAUUCAAGAGUUGUCUCACCUGAGGGGCAAGCCGACCUGGGGUGUUUAUCCACUGACUUCCAUCUGACGUUGAUUGAGGAACACUUCCAGAGAUGCUGACUCCCUGGUGCUUCCUGGCCUUCCUCUUGUGGAAUCCAAACAUGAGUGUCUUCAGGUAGAGACUCAGAUAUGCUUGCAGUGGCAAGCUGUAUGGUGCAUGGGAACAGUGAGAAGUGUAUGUGGGGUCCCAGUAUCAUCUGCUAGAAGGUUCUACCUCCUAAAUAUCCUUCAAACCUGUCACCUCUUUUACCUUGUUGCACCAAGUAGUUUUCAGCUGGAUUUCUGCAAUCCAGGCUAUUCAGGUCGGGAGAUGCUGCUCCUAGCUGCACCCCGUACUUUCCUGGGCAUGGCAUUUGACAUGGGGUCUGUUUUGUUGUUGCCUGUUUGCUUGUCUUUAUUCUCCUCCAGAGAGAACUUAGCAUGGUGCCUGGGCACACAGGAGAUACCUAUUCAGUAUAUAUUAAAUGAAUGUUGCUUAUUAGCCUCCUGUCUGGUGCCUCUAAUUCCAGUCCUACCUUCCUCAUUGCCAUCCAGAGUGAUCUUUUCAAAUACACAAUGGUCAUGCUGCACUUCUAAGCAUGUUCCAAUGACCACUCACCCCCUCUCUUCAUUUCUUGGUGCUUUUCCCACUCUUUUUCCCCUGGUAAAUUCUUACUCACCCUUCAAGCCCCACCUCAAGCAGCACCUCUUAGAUGGCAGCCACUCUGACUGUUCAGGCCCUUUCUCACUACCCCGACAAGCCUUCUGUCCCCACACUGUCCUGGUGUGUGGUGAUCGUGUGCCUUUUGGGUUGAUCUCAAGCUGCUUGUGAGGGACUGUGUCUCAUUCCUUUUGUGGCCUCCCUGUCUGGCCCAUUAGCGACAUUAAAUAAAUAUUUACUUUGAAAGUUCA